UAAAGGAGUGAAGCAAAAGGAAGCGGAAAACAAAACAAAACAAAGCCCAGAUUCCUCUCCGAACAGCGCCUAUGCUUUUUAUUGCAUCCCCCCUCCCUCCUUCUCUCUCCUCUUCUCAUGUUUGUUAUUGCUGUUGUUCUCCUCUCUAUCUCUUCUGUCUCUCUCUCCAAGAAGAUAUGCCCCAUCCCUCAAGGAAAUUGAGACACUGGCCCCUUUAAGAUUGACCUGAGAUUUCCACACAAAGACAGAGCGCAAGAGGAGAGAGCCUGGCAAGGAAGAGCAGCAAGCAUUUGUUGCAGCUAGCAAGAGCUAGCUCUCAUCUCUCCCGUCCCUCUUUCUUCUUCUUCUUCUUCUUCUUCUUCUUCCUCUCUCUCUCUAGCAGUGAUGAACAGAGGAGGAUUCCAGACCUCCCUGGUCCAGCAGAUGAUCUGGAGUGGUACAGGCAGUGGCGGCAAUACCACUAGCAGCAGCAAUAUCAUGAGCAGCUUGAAGCCUUGCCAUGAGGAUCAAGAGGCCUCCCCCAACCUGCCCUCCUUGUCUUCUCCAUCGGUGCUCUUCUCCCAGCAGUUUCCACACACCUCUUCGGGACAGCUAGCUCAUAUGAACGGCGCAGCUGGUUCUCUUCCAAGUAUGCACGAUGGCGGCGGCCAGGAGAACCACAUGCCAGAAUCAUGGAGCCAGAUGCUUCUAGGGGGAUUAGUUGGGGAUCAUGAGCGAUACAGCGCCACCGCAGCCCUCCUGUCAAAGGGGCUAGAGAGUUGGGGGGAUCAGGCUGCGUGUAUGGCUGCUUUGAAGGAGGAGGGCUCCGCCAUGCCUCAGCCUGCUUACAACUUCUAUGGGAGCCACCUUGCCGGCGGUGACCAUGAGAUGCCGGCGGCAGGAGGAGCCAAGUCUCAGCUGAGCCAGAUGCUCCUGCAGGCCUCCUCUCCUAGGUCGUGCAUCACCACCAGCCUCGGCAGCAACAUGCUCGACUUCUCAAACACCGCGCCGGCGCCGGAGAUGAGGAGCCACCAUCACCAUUCUGAUAACUCAUCCGAGUGCAACAGCACUGCAACAGGUUCAGCCAUCAAGAAGCCUAGGGUUCAGGCCUCCUCUUCAGCACAAUCUACUCUAAAGGUGAGGAAAGAGAGGCUGGGGGAUAGAAUAACUGCACUUCACCAGAUCGUUUCCCCGUUUGGCAAGACUGACACGGCGUCUGUACUGCAAGAGACCAUUGGCUAUAUCAGAUUCCUCCUGAGUCAAAUUGAGGCUCUCAGCUACCCCUACAUGGGCCACGGCAACGGGACCUCCAUGCAAAAUGGACCGAUGGGAGAAAGGAACCCUGGGCUCUUCCCAGAAUACCCCGGCCAGUUGCUAAACCAUAAUAGCAACACUGGAGCACAGCAGCCUGCAGUCCAGCCUGAUGAGCAGCAGGGUGCGAGUGAGGAGGCCAAGAAGGACCUGAGGAGCCGGGGGCUGUGCCUCGUCCCGGUAUCGUGCACAUCGCACUUUGGAGGGGACAACGCCGCCGACUACUGGGCCCCGGCGCCGCUCGGCGGGAUCCUCCGCUAGAGCAUUCGCCGCCAUUGACGACGCUUUCAUGGCCUAGAGAUCGAUUUGGCGAGCUGUUUCUUUGCAAGUAUAUGUUCAUGAGGCUACAGGGUAGAGAGAGGUCUCUAAGAAAAGAGAAGGGGGUGCAGGGUUGCUGGGGAACAUAACAUCAUGAGCAGUCAUUCUGGUAAGGGAAGAAGCUACACCUGUAAGGCUGAUUGCUCUUGAUGCUAUGCGAGUAGUAUAACCUUUUGGGCUGGGGGGCGAAAGCUUCGUCAUCUGUAUCUGCUGCAAGGAGGGGCUUCAAGAAGAAGAUCUAGUUCUUCUCUGGUCCCUUGCAAAUUUGUUUCGUUGAUCAUGUAUAUGUGAAAUCUCUAGCAAGUUAGUGGACUUUACUAGCUCAUAUGUACUGUGCAUGCUCGUCGUAUGAGGCAGGAGAGCAGGUGCAGGGGUGCCGUUUUCUUUGAUUUAUGGUGUACCUAGGAAAGUUCAUAUCACAUAUGUAUAUGACAAGUAAAAUUGUAUCUGCUGUUAACUGAGUUCAGUCAGCAAUGUUGAUUGCAUUUCGAUGUUGCUGGGUCA